CUGACUGAACAUCUGGGACAAUGGGAGUCACUAGUCUGUGGCAGAUCCUGGAACCGGUAAAACAACACAGCCCCCUCAGCCAUCUUAAAGGAAAGACACUGGCGGUUGAUUUAAGCCUCUGGGUGUGUGAAGCGCAGACUGUGAAAAAGAUGGUUGGUGUAGUCACAAAGCCUCACCUCAGGAAUCUUUUUUUCCGAGUCUCUUCUUUAACACGAAUGGGGAUCCGUCUGGUCUUUGUCAUGGAGGGAGAUGCUCCAAAGCUGAAAGCCGAUACAAUGAGUAAACGGUCAGAGAUGCGUUUUGGGCCCUCCCACAAACCUGGGGCUGCAAGAACAGGGAGAUCUCAUUUCAGAUCUUUCUUGAAGGAGUGCCUGGAGAUGCUGGAGUGCUUAGGAAUCCCUUGGGUCCAAGCAGCUGGUGAAGCGGAGGCCAUGUGUGCCUAUUUGAAUGCAAAGGGCUAUGUGGACGGCUGCAUCACAAAUGAUGGCGAUGCCUUCCUUUACGGUGCUCAGACAGUCUACCGGAAUUUUACCAUGAACAUAAAGGACCCACAUGUUGACUGCUACUCAAUAUCCUCUAUUGAGGAGACGCUAGGCUGCAGCAGAGAGUGUCUGAUUGGAUUAGCAAUUCUGCUUGGCUGUGAUUAUCUUCCUAAGGGAGUACCGGGAGUUGGAAAAGAACAGGCUUUAAAACUGAUUCAGACUUUGAGAGGGCAAAGUUUGCUGGAGAGAUUCGAGCAAUGGAAAGACCCCUUCCAACACAGCGAAAUCCCAGCUAGACCACUUAAAAAGGUGAUUCACUGUACUGUAUGCCGUCAUCCAGGCACCUUUAAAGAUCACGAACAUGUUGGAUGUCAGCUUUGUGAAAGCGUGGAGUUCUGCAAACCCCACGAGGUGACAUAUCUCUGUCCUUGUGACUGGCAUUUCUCAGAGCGAGAUCGACAAGUGAGGACAGUGGAGGAGAGCAUUAGAAAAAAGACUAAAGCAUGUGAAGGCUUUCCAUUUCCUGAGGUCAUCCAAGAGUAUCUCGUCAGCAAAGACAAGCUAAUGAAGCCAUAUGAGUGCCAAAGGCCAAAUUUGUUGUCCUUUCAGAUGUUUGCAUCUGAGAAAAUGGACUGGCCCAAACAUUAUGCAUGCAAGAAACUGUGUGUUCUUCUGACGUACUAUGACAUGAACAGAAGGAAGGCUGGCCACACUGACCCAUGGCAGCUGCAGGCACUUCGGAUAGUCAAGACACGAACUAAAAAUGGGAUUCCUUGUUUUGAAAUUGAGUGGCAAAAGCCAGAGCAUUAUGCUACAGCAGAUGAUCAGCCUGUGGAACCCUUUUUAAUAACAACUGAAGAGUCAUCGUUAUUUCAGGCCGCUUAUCCAGAAAUUGUUGCCCUGUAUCAAAUGGAGAAGUUGGAAAUUUGCAAAGAAAAAAAGAAAGGCAAAAAGGCUAAACUGAAAAAGAAAGAAGACUUAUCAGGUGAUGAUGAUGUUGCAGAUCUUCUCUCUCGGCUGAACUUGCAGUCAUCAUGUAAGAUCUUUCCCGAUCGUAAUCCCAAGUCGGAUCUUAAAUCUGAUUGCCAAACACUGGCAAAACCAGACUCUAAAUCUCAGGUACCAUUCGUAUCUGCAAGUUUUUCUGCCAAAAUCUUAUCGAGUCAGAAUUUGCUUUCUCCCUUGCUUGUAACUCUUUCACAAAACACAGGGAACGAAUGCAACUCUGGUGGCUAUAUGAGCUCUCAGGGAGAAUUUACUAACUCCCCCGUGGACUCUUGUGAUUCUUUUGUGACUGCUGAUCUACAGCUGAGUGGCAUUGACUGGAAAGGCACAUCCUUUAGUGUUUCUCCAGAUCCUGUUAAUGAUUCUUGUCGUUCAGAAUCUGAGUGGUGUGCGUGGGGCAGUUCUACAGGACAACGGGCUCCACUGCAUUGUAAAACAGCAGAAAUUUCCCCACUGUUUUCUAAUUCUGUACAACAUAAUCAAAAUCCACCCAGCAGUGUAGACUGGUCUGUUUCAGUCAGCAACCUUCCUGAAGGACAAAAUUGUUUAUCUUCAAAAGAGCAAGAAAAUCUAAAGCUUUCUGCUUUAGAAAGUUUUUCCGAGGAUCCAAAAGUAUCCCUGCUCGGCCCUUUGCAAAUGACAGAACAAAUAAAAGGAACUUCUAGCCCUGAGGGUGAAUUUUCAAAUGUUUUCGCUCAGCGAAUUGACAGCCUUCAAGGAACUAAAAAUGUGCUACCCGAAAAACAUCCAAGGGAAUUCAGCUUAGAAAACAAUACAAAGCUGCUGCAAUCAUCUGAACGUGCGUCACAAAAAAACAUCGGUUCAAGCGCUUCCAGGUCUAUGGGUCUGUGCAUUGAAACCAUAGAACCAACUUACUCUGGAAACAAGCCACUGACGUGGCUUCCUAAGCCAACAAAGAAUCUAGAUAACUGCCAGAUGAGAGAAGAUUUUGCACAAAUGAGUAUGAAAAACUCACUGAAGAGCGUGUGUCAAAGCGGGCAUUCUUCCAGCGAAGACAGCGAUGGAGGAAACGUGCAAGGUGGGAGGAAGGCUCCUAGAGGUCCCCGGUGGCAAAAGAAGUGCAAUCUGGUCCAACCAAAGGAUAAGUGCCCUGUGAAAAGAAGCGAGAGCAAACCAGAACAUGAAAUUAAGCAGAGAGGAAAGGUCCCUGGCACAGACUUAUCAGCGGAAGAGCAUCCCGAACCUGUCUCGGUUGUGCAUGUUCACACUUCUCCGAGCCCUAUAGACAUAUCCUGUCCUCAUCUCCGAGAGAGUGGAAGUGUGUGCAUUGAGAGCCCCCUGCCACUGUCCGAAAGGCUGAAACUCAGGCUGCAGAGCCAUUAA